UGCCUCCCUGCCUGCAACCAUGACACUUAUUGAAAUUACUAUGCUGACAGGGUUCACACCUAAUAUUGAAGAUCUAAAACAGUUGGCCAAUAAAGUCGAAAACUACAUCAUGUCUUUUGAAACACAACAAUCGACAUCCAAUGCAUCUGUUGUACUUUACCUGAGGAAGGUUCCUCACAAUGAAACUCUUACCAUCGGUUUUAGGAUUCAUAAAACCACAGAUGUGGGACUUCUACAGCCAGCUGACAUUUCCAUAUAUGAGUAUUAUGACCUUGACAAACAAUGCAGCACGUUCUAUAAUCUACCUAAUGAGGAUGGGCAGUUAAGGAAAAUAUGCAAAGGAUCUGCUUGCAAGUGCGCUACAGAUUUGUAA